UGGGCUGCUCGGGAGUGCCCUAAGCAACUAGGGAGUUCAGAGCAUGUGGACUAACCAAGGGACAGGCUAGGGAGGUCUCCAGUCUGAGCCCUCUGACGGAGGGGGCGAAAGGCAGGAAGCCCGAAGGUUUCUGUGUCAUGGAGAGGGGGCCAUUGUGUGUCCUGGUGCUGAUGUUGACUCUGGGGGGCACCUCUGGGCAGGAUGGAGAGUACUGCCAUGGCUGGGCGGACAGCUCACAGCUCUGGCAUAGGGGCUUUCGGUGCCCAGAGCACUACGACAGCCCAGAGGCUACUCUGUGCUGCGGCACCUGCAAUCUGCGCUACUGCUGCUCAACCAGAGAGGCUCGGCUGGACCAAGGCUUGUGUCCUAGUGACCAUCACCAGACCAUAAAUGACUGACUUCUCUCUCUGUAUUUUCCAUUUCCAGUGCCCAUGUACUUACCUUUCCUCCUCGUUGGGUCCAUAUUUGUGGCUUUCAUUGUCAUUGGGGCCUUCGUUGGUAUUUGCUGCUGUAGAUGCCUGAAAUCCCAGGAUGAAGAGCAGCAACAUGGGCCUGCACCAAUCCAGAGUCAGCUGCUCGAAGCUGCUGCUCCUCCUUGGUUCUCCAGUUCAGCCACCAGAUGCUCCUUGGGUAGUCAUCCUCAGACCAGUAACAUCUGCCUGAGCAUGGCUCCACCUUUCCCCAUCAUAGGGUCCUCUCAAGGAGCCCAGUUCUUGCCUCCUACAUCAACCAAUGGAUCCCUUUUGCAGCCUGCAUGUACUACUUAUGGAAUACCAACUGAUCAUACUAUCAUAACAACUCCAGCAUCUUUCCUUAAUAGAGCAGUCUAUGGACAAACUUCUUACUAUCAUUUUCCUGUAAGUGCCAUGCCUGGUGACCAAACAAUGUACUCAGGGGCUCAUGUCUAAGAUGACUUAUAACUGCAGAACUCCAUAUUGUAAAAAUGUAGGGUGCUUUUUGGACAAAGUAACAAGUGGGAAGUAAUACAAACUUCUGAAAUUAUUAGCAUGUGUGAAAUGAGAAUCCUGUCUUUAUACCUAUUUGGGAAAAAUAGGUCUCAUUUUAAUUGUUUAACCAGUUAAUUUAGUAUGUACUACCUUGGGGCUCAGGUUCAGUCUCCAUGGUUCAUUCAUUUAUUGGCAUGUUUUCUCACGGCAGGGCUAAUCUUGGUGGGGGUUUUAACUGUGGACAGCUGUCCACUGGGAACUGGAGCAAUACUGCCAUACUCCUUCGCAUAGGCAGUGAACAGCCUGCUGAUCUUGGAACUCUUGGUCAGUUACUAACUUAGGCUGAAUUUGAACCCAGCUACCUACAGGGCUCUCUUACCCAUUACGAAAUGCCUUAGCCAUUCUGCAAUCUUAAGACUAAUUUUGCAUUAUAUUUUAAAUGGCUUGUAGAGUACUUUCUCUGAUUAAAAACUAGUUGUUUUAUCUUAAAGGGACAUUGUCAAAUCAUGUCUUUGCCUGAAUUUUUAUCUACAUCUGACUGUUUCAACACAAGCUUAUUCUAAGCAAAAGGAAUUAGAGGGGAGAAUGAAAAGUCUUGUUUUUCUUUCUUACUGUGACUAUACUAUGCAUGUAUUAGCAUUACGCAUAGUCAGUUUCACUGUUGUUUGCAUGGGCCCAUACUGACGGGGAACAAAAUAACGUUCAGAAAAUGUGAAUGACAGCAAAAGCAAAAGUUGGCAGAGGGACUAGGGAGCAGGUGGAGUAUCUGAAACUACUUUUUACAUUCCCCCCUACCCCAAAUUGACUGGAUGUCAAGUUGAUGGUGACUCUAAGACUGAACAUGUUGCUGAAGAGCUGUCAGUUAAGUGCUGAUACAGGAGCCGCUUUUAGGCCAAAACUUUUUGUAAAAUGCACUUUGUGUCUGUGCAGAUUAUUGGGGUGGGGGGAAAUAACUUUGUGCUGGUGUAUUUGUUGCUCUCUGUCUUGUAAUGGUUUAGUGCAGGGGUAGGCAACCUAUGGCACGCGUGCUGAAGGCGGCACGCGAGCUGAUU